CUCAGGUUUCUAAUAAAUACAGAGAUGUACAAAUCACUUCAAUGAAUCACUCUAUGUUUCUGAGAUGAAAAGUUAUUAUCACAUGUAUUUAAUUGUUACUUCUUUGUAUUUUCUAUAUUCUUAUAUAAUAUAUCUACAGAUCUUUAAUCAAUUUAUCAAGAAUCUGCUGAGAUGUGAUAUUAUAAUUAUUCACUCAGACUGUGAAGAAUUGAAUUCAAAUACAGUCACAGUAUAUAUACUCA